UGACAGUUCAGAACUCCAGCGCAAAUGAAAAUCGUUGGUAUUUCGUGGAAAAGAAUGCAUACAAAACUUACAAACUGAUAGGCGUGUCUGUUGUAGUGUGAAGUGUUUGUAGGGAAGGUACAAUUUCUUAUUUAAUUAUAUACAAAAAAUAGGGGUACGAAUAUGGUAGUGUAGAUACUGUUACGUCGGUUUAAUUACGUGGCAGGACAAUCGGGUUUGUGAAAUGUUAUAGACAAAAUAGAUUUGUAUGGUUGUGCUAUACAAAUGAGACAAGUUUUGCGAAGAAAAACCUCGGGGGAAUGGCGUCACUAAUAGAAAGCCACGCGCAACAAUAUGCUGUUUUGACAGCAGAUAUCACAGCCAAAAUAGGAAAGCUGGCAACUCAUGCGGAUAAAAAGAGUAUUAGUCAGGAGAUCGAAAGACAUGUCGAAGAGGCUCAAGAGCUGCUUGAGCAGAUGGAGCUGGAAUCACGGGAGGCUGAACCUGCCGUUAGACCCAGGCUGAGAACACAGCUUGACAGUUACAGAGCAGAACUCAAAAGAUUGACCCAAGAGUUUACAAAAGUUCGCAACACACAAUUUGAGGAUGGUCUUUACUCUCAAGAUGAUAUUUACAGUAACAGUGUCAAUGUUACUGAGGAACAAAAGCGAUCACUAUUGGAUAACUCAGAGAGACUGGAGAGAACGGGAAAGCAAUUGACAACAGGCUAUCGCAUGAUUUUGGAGACCGAAGAAAUUGGUUCACAGGUUUUACAGGAUCUGAAUUCUCAGCGGGAAACUAUACAGCGAUCACGAAAUAGGCUACGAGAAACGAAUGCAGAACUUGGCCUUAGUUCAAGACUGAUAAGUGGAAUGUUGAGACGUUCAUGGAUACAUCGAUUUAUAUUGUAUGGUGUUGCUGUGGUCUUUGUUGUGACAAUUGUUGUCGUCAUCAGUUUAGUGGUAAUGAAACAUACUAAUUAAAAUUGUAUUUAAUGAUGGAACUUCUGAGUUUCUGAGAGCCAUGUAUCUAAUUAAUAUGGUGCCAAUGUAGUAUUCAUUGUAUGGUUGUGCCAUGGCAACUGUAUGUUUUAAGGUUGUAAACAUUCCUGAUUUUACAUA